ACUUUUAAUGCUGCAUUAGCUGACGGUCUAGUAGGCAGUUUCUUGCGCAGCGGCUGGUUCCUCUUUGUACUUCCUCGACAUACUGUAGGGAAAAUAGCAACAAUGACUUCUACUAAUAUGUUUCAGGGACUGGAGAGUGGUUCGAAACCAAGUUCAAGGGUACUGCGGCCUCCAGGUGGUGGUUCUAGUAACCUCUUUGGUGGUUAUGAAGAUGAGACGGCCAGCAGGCGACCAAACAAAAUGGCCUCCACCAUUUUUGCACCUCCAGAGGAACCUCAGGGAGGCCCCAAGCGCUCCAAUCCCCCAGGUGGGAAGAGCAGUGGGAUCUUUGGAGAGCCCCAAGCGCGUCCAGCUCAGCACAAACCUGUCCCCCCUGGUGGCUCUACCAGUAACAUUUUUGGAGAAGCAGAUCCUUGCUCAUCACCUGCUAAAGUCCCACACCCCAACAAGCCAAAGGACAACAUUGGUGUGGGAGCGGUCUCGGAACCAGAAUCCCCAGUUCCAGCUCCAACUCCAGCUCCUGCUCCUGCUCCAGCUCCUCAGAAAGAGGCUCCUGUUCAAGAGGUGAAGGAGGAAGUUGCUGCUGCUCCUGCUCCUGCUCCUCAGGCCCCAGCUAGUAAAGAGGAGCCCGCCCCUGCAGCCAGUGAGCCGCAGGACAAGGACCACGAGCCACGCCUAGGUCCCCGCCCACGCUCCCACAACAGGGUUCUCAAUCCUCCGGGUGGGAAGUCCAGUGUGGUCUUCUAUUGAUCCACUCUGCCCACUGACUGUUCUUUGCUCACUUUUUUUUGCGUCCCCCUCCCCAUCUCGCCUUUCUCUCCUUUUUCUUUCAUUUCAUUGCCCUUGCAUCAUCUCCUUAUUCUCUCUCCCACCCCCCUGCACUUUGCUUCAUUCCUGAACUUCACCUGUGUUCAACGGUUGGAAAUGUUAAUGAUUUUAUUGGUGUUGAAACUCCCCAAUCAUUUAUAAUACGGCUUUAUUCCUCUAUGAAUGGUUUCAUGUUCUCUGUGUGUCUUCCCUUUUUUUGAUACUCUGGAUUGAUUUGAUGACUUAUUACAUUGAAUCUGUUCAAAUGCAACUGGAACCACUUUUUGGCAGGGAGAGUAUUUGAGUGUAAACAAAUCAGAUAGUGUUUGGGAACUCUGUUAAUUACAUCUGUUCACCAAACUACAUAAAAUCCACGCUGCAAUCACAACCAUAAUGUGACGAUUCUCUUCUCAUUGUCUCCUCCUGUGUGAGUCUCCUCCAGGUCCCCCACCACCAUCACCCAACCUCUCCUUUGCCCUUUGACAAUCAGUUGUGACAUUGUUUGUCGGGAGACUUAAGGCCUUACAGAGACAGACAUGCACACAUAGAUGCACACUCACAAACACUGACCUCAUGCCAAAGUAUGCACACACCAAAAUGGAGGCAAUUUAUUUUUUUCUGUUCUUUUUUUCUAAAUCCAUGCCAAUGCAAAGAGUAGUGUGAUCUACUUGCUUGCUCGCAUGCGUAUAAUGUGUGUGUGUGUGUAUAUUUUGGUGCCUCAUAUUAGCAUCCAGAUAGUGGCUUCUGCUCCAGACUGGCUCAUUUAUGUUUUAAAUUAAAACGGCAGCAGGCCCGGGGGCUCCCUCAUGUGACCCACACCCCCUCCCCCUCCUGCCAGCCACGCCUAGAGUGCCAGUAUGGUUGCCAAGUGAUGAUCAGAGGAUGUGGAAGCAAAGCCUGAGUAUCACAAUAAACUUCUGUUUUAAUGAA